AUGACUAAAAUACUUGGGUGUCUGGAACUGCUGGAGACACAAUCGUUAGAGUUAUCAAGGUUGAACGAUGUAGAUGGUAUCACUGAGGAUGACAUUCUGAGCCGCAUUAUUCCAAUAAAAUCUCACCGCAUUAUUAAAUUAGGUAGGAACAAUAAAGAGGCACAUCUUGUUAUCGAUCAUCCAGUAGUUUCAGCUAUUCAUUGUAUCAUUUGGUGCGUCCUCUUUGAUGAAGAAAGUUUCCCAAUGUGUUAUAUUAAGGACGUCUCUUUGAAUGGAACUAAGAUUAAUGGUGAAGUUUUGUUGAAAGAUGCAAGUUAUUUGUUAAAGGAUAAAGAUAUCAUCAGUAUUGAAUGUGAUUCAGGUAUAAUCUGUUCAUUGAAAUUUGUAGAUACUAUAGCUAGAAAACCAAAUACUGAUUUGUUAAAACAAUUGAAUGUGGAACGUUAUGUUGACGGUUGGGAAAUUUCAACUAGGGUCGUCGGUAACGGUACUUUUGGUCAUGUCCUUGUUUGUGGGAAUAAAAAUAUUGACAAUAAAAGUCAAAAGAAUGAUGAUACUUUACAAAAAAAUUACGCUGUUAAGAUUAUUAAGUUAAAACCAAAUAAAUUAAACAAGGAGGCUAAGAUAUUAUUGCAAUUAAAUCAUCCAAACAUUAUUAAAGUAUAUUAUACUCAUAUGGAUUUAAAUAAUAACUUGUUCAUAUUUCAAGAUUUGAUAUCUGGGGGUGAUUUAUUCUCAUAUUUAGCUAAAACUGAUUGCCUUACUGCGAUACCAGAGACUGAGUCUCUAUUAAUAGUUUAUCAAAUUCUCUUGGCUCUCAGAUAUUUACAUAAGAGAGGUGUGGUUCACAGAGAUCUUAAAUUGGAUAAUAUUCUAUUGGCAUCCCCAGAACCUUGCACAAAGAUUACUCUCGCAGACUUCGGUAUCGCUAAACAUUUGACCUCUACAAAGACUAGAAUGCAUACUGUGGUAGGUACUCCAGAGUAUUGUGCACCAGAGGUGGGUUUCAAAGCCAAUAGAGAGAUGUAUCAAACUUUUUCUAGGGCAGCAACUUUAUCAGACAGAGAUAUUGGUUACAGCAAUAAAUGUGAUCUAUGGUCUCUGGGGGUUAUUACACAUAUUAUGCUUACUGGUAUAUCUCCAUUUUAUGGUGAUGGAACAGAAAAAUCAAUUAUUGAAAGUGCGAUGAGAGGUAAUAUUAAUUAUAACAUUAGACAUUGGGAAAAAAUAAGUUCAACGGCAAAGGAGUUUGUGAAAAACUUAUUACAAGUAGACGUUCGAGAAAGGUUUGAUAGCAAUCAAGCAAUUAAUCAUCCCUGGAUUAAAGUCCAUCGGAAUCAAUUGGAUCAAAUUUAUCAGAAAAAAAUAUUACAACAAGGUACAACAAGUACACCAAUAACCUCUCUUUCAAAUUCUGGGAACCUUGCAAAAGCUAUCUUGGUUCAGGAUACAGGAAACCUCAUUGAAAAGUCUAAAAUGAAUUGGAAGCGUAAAUUGCCGAAGACUAUUGUGGUCUCCAAUAAAAAGAUGAAAUUGAACACAUUGCAUAAAUACACUAGUAAACAAAAAAUAUAA